AUGUCCACGGAUGAGCGGCACUUGACCUCCAGCUGUGGAUCUUUCAUCAAGACUGAGCCAUCCAGUCCAUCCUCUGGAAUCGACGCCAUUAGCCAUCACAGUCCUAGUGGCUCAUCUGAUGCCAGUGGUGGUUAUGGCAUCGCUAUAGGUGCCCAUUCUAAUGGCCUGGACUCACCACCCAUGUUUGGCAGUGCAGGGAUUGGUGGUGGGCCUUGCCGCAAGCGAUAUGACGACUGUGCCAGUGCUAUUAUGGAAGAUUCACCCACUAAAUGUGAAUAUAUGCUCAAUGCCAUCCCGAAAAGGCUAUGUUUAGUGUGUGGGGACAUUGCAUCUGGAUAUCACUAUGGAGUGGCCUCUUGUGAAGCAUGCAAAGCCUUCUUCAAACGAACAAUUCAAGGGAACAUUGAAUAUAGUUGUCCAGCUACCAAUGAGUGUGAAAUCACAAAACGGAGGCGCAAGUCCUGUCAGGCCUGUCGUUUUAUGAAAUGCCUCAAAGUGGGGAUGCUGAAAGAAGGAGUGCGUUUGGAUCGAGUACGUGGAGGCCGCCAGAAAUACAAAAGAAGACUGGACUCCGAAAGUAGUACUUAUCUGAGCUUACAGAUUUCCCCUCCAGCCAAAAAACCAUUAAGAUGGGCGGCCGAUACUAAAAUAGUCUCCCACUUGCUGGUGGCAGAGCCAGAGAAGAUUUAUGCUAUGCCUGACCCUACCAUGCCGGAAAGUGACAUCAAAGCGCUGACAACGCUCUGUGAUUUGGCAGACAGAGAACUUGUUGUGAUCAUUGGCUGGGCAAAACAUAUCCCAGGGUUUUCUAACCUUUCUUUGGGAGACCAGAUGAGCUUACUGCAGAGCGCCUGGAUGGAAAUCCUCAUCCUGGGUAUUGUGUAUCGCUCAUUACCUUAUGAGGAUAAACUGGUCUAUGCUGAAGAUUACAUCAUGGAUGAGGAACAUUCACGUUUGACAGGGCUCCUGGAGCUCCAUUUGGCCAUCCUGCAGCUGGUGCGGCGGUACAAAAAGCUGAAGGUGGAGAAGGAAGAGUUUGUCACUCUGAAGGCCCUGGCUCUCGCCAACUCAGAUUCAAUGCACAUAGAGGACAUGGAGGCAGUGCAGAAACUACAAGAUCUUCUCCAUGAAGCCCUUCAGGACUACGAGCUGAGUCAACGUCAUGAGGAACCACGACGUGCAGGAAAGCUGCUGCUGACCCUGCCUCUCCUGCGGCAAACAGCUGCCAAAGCUGUGCAGCACUUCUAUAGCAUCAAACUGCAAGGCAAAGUCCCCAUGCACAAACUCUUCCUAGAGAUGCUCGAGGCCAAGGUCUGA